AGCUGAGCAGAGCAGCAGACCAGCUUCAGCACAGCGGCUCUGACGCGCUGACUCCCGAUCCGGUCCCGGUCCCGGUCCCGGUCCCGGUACCAGGUACCAGGUACCCGCUGAGGCCUCCUCCUCCUCCUCCUCCUCCUCCUCCUCCUCCUCCUCCUGCUGCUCCUCCUCUCUGUCUCUUCUCCUGUUUCCGGGACUUGUUCGUGGAGAAACCGGGAGUUCAGCGGCCUCACAGGUCGUCCUGAGGACCAAUGCUGCAGAGAGGAUGAAGAGCUUUCCACGUUGACCUGCAAGGUGUUUCUGAGGAUCAGCUCACCUUUCAGGACUGACGGAUCGACAGCGGUGAAGGAAGAAGAACCAGGAUGACGAGCGCACCGCCGGCUAGGAAGCCGUACCGCAAGGCUCCGCCGCAGCACCGCGAGACGCGCCACGACGCCCGCCGUUCCCCUCCACCUGCGCAGCAUCCCGACAUCAAACAGGAGGCGUUAACAGACUCUGACCGGAUCAGAAUCCUCCAGCAGCAGAAUGAGGAUCUACAGCAACGCCUCUCUCUAUCCUCCCACAAGAUGGAGGCCAUGGAGGCGGAGUUUGACGGCAGCCGUCACUACAUGGAGGCGGAGCUUAGCCGGACCAGAGACGACCUGGACAAGAUGAGGGACAAGUUCCGCAGACUCCAGAACAGCUACACGGCAUCUCAGAGAGCCAAUCAGGAUCUGGAAGAGAAGCUUCACGCUCUGCUACGGAAGGUGGAGAGGGACAAAAAGACGAUGGACCAGGAGAUCGUAGAGCUCACCAACAAACUGCUGGACGCCAAGAACACCAUCGACCGCCUGGAGGAGCUCAACGAGCGUUACAGACAGGACUGUAAUCUCGCUGUCCAGCUGCUCAAAUGCAACAAGUCACAUUUCAGGAACCACAAGUUCGCUGACCUGCCCUCCGAGCUGCAGACCAUGUUGAACAAACACAUGAAGUCCAGUCUUCCGGAUCGAGGCCCCGCCCCCGGCGCUCUGGACCCGGACUCGCUCAGUCUGACUCCGGCCGACGUGGUGCCGACCUCGGUGAUCGCCCGGGUCCUGGAGAAACCCGAGCCGCUGGUCCUGAACUCAGCCCAGUCCAGCAGCUGCAGCCGGCCGGCCUCCGAGGACGUGUUCGUGCACGUGGACAUGACGGGCCCCGCGGCGGCGUGCGGCCGGGAGGCGGCGCAGCAGAACGGUUCCUGCCGCAGUCAGAGCAGUCUGGACGGGCAGUCGGGGGCGGAGGCGGGCGGGGCUCCGUCCUUCGAGAAGCUGAACCCGUACCCGCCGCCGCCGCCCCCCCCGCUGUACCCGGGUCGCAAGGUCAUCGAGUUCUCUUCGGACGACAAAGUGAAGAUCCCCAAAAACUCCCCGCUGCCGAACUGCACCUACGCCACGCGGCAGGCCAUCUCUCUGAGCCUCGUGCAGACGGACGACGAGCGCCUGAACCCCGCAAGCCCCGCCCCCUCCUCUGGUGGGGACCACCGCACGCCGCCGCCACAGCGGGACGCCGCCAGUGAGCCACUGUCCGGCCAGUCCAGCCCGUUCAGCAGCCCGCCGCAGGCCCUCAGCGUGCUGGCGAGCUCUGGCAGCUCUGAGGAAGACCUUCUGGCCAACUGGCAGCGGAUGUUCGUGGAGAAGAUGGCGCCGGCGCGGGAAGGCUCGGUGGUUCACCGCACGUCGUUCAGCAGUCAGACGGCUCAGGAGCUGCAGAGGAGGAGGCCGGCGGGGGGCGGGGCUUCCUCCGACCGCCACCGAGCGGCGUACUCUGACGGAGAGGAGGGCUCGUCGGCGAGGAGCUGGACGCCGAGCCGCGGCUCCAGCCUCGACACCGACACCGACACCGAGCCGCGGGCCGGCAGGAGGGGGCGCUACGGCGGCGCCACGGAGGAGGAGAGGCUGCUGAUGGACCUGGAGGACGACGGCGGCAGCGGCGACACGGCCGUCACCAUGGCGACCAGCCCCGCCAGCGCCCGCAGGGAGGAGCCGGAGGAGGAGGAGGAGGAAGAGGAGGAGGAGGAGGAGGAGCAGAGAGACGUCCUCCCACACGACCUGCCCGUCAUCUCGCCCCGCCUCCUGGAUUCGACCCCGCCCUCGCCGCCGCCCCCACAGCGCCCGCAGAAGAGCCCGAAGAGGAUGGGCGUGCACCACCUGCACCGCAAAGACAGCCUGACCCGGGCCCAGGAGCAAGGCACGCUGCUGGACUGACGUCUGUUCCCAUGGCAACGGACACACAUCCAGGAUAAAGCCAUGCUCUACGAAUGCUGCCGUGUGUGUGUGUGUGUGUGUGUGUGUGUGUGUGUG